AUGGGGAAGCCACGGAUGAUCAUUUUGGUGCGCCAUGCACAGUCAGAAGGCAACAAGAACCGAGAUAUCCACCAGACUAUUCCAGACCAUCGGGUAAGGCUCACGACUGAGGGCCACCGACAAGCACAAGAGGCGGGCCAGCGACUCCGAGACCUCCUUAAUCCUGAUGAUACCCUUCACUUCUUCACUUCUCCCUAUCGUAGGACAAGAGAGACUACCGAAGGGAUCCUUGAAUCCCUAACAUCAGACACACCUUCUCCAUCACCGUUCCCCAGACAUACAAUCAAAGUCUAUGAAGAACCCCGACUGCGGGAACAAGACUUUGGGAACUUCCAGCCAUGCUCUACAGAAAUGGAGCGUAUGUGGAUGGAGCGGGCAGACUAUGGCCAUUUCUUCUACCGGAUCCCCAACGGAGAGUCAGCGGCGGACGCCUACGACCGAGUAAGUGGGUUCAACGAGUCACUCUGGCGCCUCUUUGGUGAAGACGACUUUGCCAAUGUGUGCGUUCUCGUCACUCACGGUCUCAUGGCACGAGUAUUCCUGAUGAAAUGGUACCACUGGAGCGUGGAGUACUUUGAGGAUCUUCGCAAUAUCAACCACUGCGAAUUUGUAGUAUUGACCCACAACCCGGAAAACGGCAAAUAUACUUUACAGAACAAGUUACGAACAUGGUCGGAUUUGAAGAAGGACCGAGAACGUGAAAACGGAGCCAAAGGACACAACCAUACGCCCGCUCCGCUGCCAGACCACAUCCCAAUUCGACGGAAAUGGGGCGGCUGUCCGGACGGCUGUACUCACGGCAUCUCUGCAGAUAGGAAACAACUAUUGCGAGCCAAUCUGUUGAAUUCUAUGCGGCACGGCACUGAUCAUUCUCAUCCAAAGCAUCUCGAUGAACAUGGCCAUAGCUUUGGCUCUAAGCUCCACAAAUCAGUAUCAAUCGACGAGGUGGUCUCAUCUUCAGAGGACAGCACCACUCAAAACGAUAUCACUCGAAAAUCUAGCACCAGACAGGCCUCCAAUCCGCGACGAGGGAGUGACGACGGUACCGGAGACGACACGAAGCAUUACGAUUCAAGCUCAGAGGCCCAGCCAGCCCAGCCGUUGCAUCCAAAGCGACACAAUCAACAUGGACUCAAUCGAAAUAGCGAGGAUCAUCUUUUCCAUUCACCAGCCUCGUCUUCAUCCUCCGCACAUUUGAAAUAUGCCCUGCUCCACCUCGGUGGCCGUGACGGCGGUGGCUCAAUGAGCGGAGCAAAUAGCCUGGCUCCGUCCGACGACGAAGGCGAAGAUCAUGACCAUCAUCACCGCCAUUCUGUGUCAAGCUCUUCCAAUCUCCACACCGGCAGCUUGUCCCAUGCAAACCAACAACACUUCCAAUUCCCAUCUCAAACACAAGGACCAGUCUCCUCCCAGGAACUUGAAGAGGAUGGCGACGACGAGAUGAGUGGAAAUCCCACAGGGAAACCAAGGAAACCUCGACCACACCACCCUUCCCACCAUCACCAUCACCAUCACCACCAUCAUCUUUCCACCGGCAACCAAUCCGAGCACCGCAUGGCCAACAUCUUAGGUGACGGAGACGAAUCCUCCAACCCUUCCGAAACGCAAACACCACGACCAGAUAACUCGACAGCGGAGCAUCCUGAGACCCAAAAAUUGUCUUUAGAAGAGCAGCAAAAAGAAGAUCAAAGCAUCAGAGGGAGCGUCUACUAA